AUGCGUUGCCGUCUGCCAUUCGCGCCCAUAAUCGCGCGCGUUCCCCCUUCAUCGUGCGCGCGUGCAGCGGACGACCGCGUGUGCGCGUGGGGGCGCGGGGAGGACGGGCAGCUAGGGUUGGGCAGCGCGGAGGAGCAGCUGGAGCCCACGGAGGUCGCGGCGCUGGCGGGGAAGCGCGUGUCGGCGCUGGCGUGCGGCGCGGAUCACACGACGGCGUACUCGGAGGACUCGCAGACGCUCUGGUCCUGGGGGUGGGGCGACUUUGGGCGGCUGGGGCACGGGCAUUCGAGCGACGUGUUUCUGCCGCACGCCGUGGCGUCGCUGUGCGGGCGAUCCAUCAAGCACAUUGCGUGUGGCGACUGCCACUGCAUUGCUGUUGACGCCAAUGGCACCGCCUUCAGUUGGGGGCGCAAUCAGAACGGGCAGUUGGGGCUGGGCACGCUGGACGACGCGCUCGUGCCCACGCAGAUCACCGCGCUCGCUGGGGUGCCGCUGAGGAUGGUGGCAGCGGGCGCAGAGCACACAGCAGCGGCAGCGGAGGAUGGACGGCUGUACGGGUGGGGGUGGGGGCGCUACGGCAACCUGGGGCUGGGGGACCGCCUUGACAGGAAGCUGCCCGAGCAGGUCACCGCCAUUGAGUCAGAGCGCAUAGCACAGGUGGCGUGUGGGUGGCGGCACACGAUAGCAGUGAACGGGGAGGGGCGGCUGUUGACGUUUGGGUGGAGCAAGUACGGGCAGCUGGGGCAUGGCGACUUCCAGGACCACCUCACGCCCUCGCCCGUUCCAGCCAUGCAGGACAAGCGGAUUGUGCAGGUGUCAGGAGGGUGGCGGCACUCCGUUGCUCUGGAUGCAGAUGGCGUGGUGUACGCGUGGGGGUGGAACAGAUUCGGGCAGGUGGGAGUGGGCAACUCGGAGGACCAGUGCUCGCCGCAGCGGAUAGAGAGCAUUUCCGAGCGGGUUGUGGCGGUGGCGUGUGGGUGGCGGCACACGGUGGUGUUGAGUGAGGGCGGCAACGUGUUCUCCUGGGGUCGAGCCACCAGUGGGCAGCUGGGCCACGGGGAUACCACCGACAGGAACCUGCCCAAGCGAGUGGAGGCGAUAAGCGCGGACGGUGACAGGUGUCGCCACAUCAGCGGGCCGGGCGGCAAGAAGGACGUGGCAGCAGCAGCUCAUGCGGAGGUUCCGGAUGCCGCGGCCACGUGGGUGUCUCCUGCCGAGCGCUAUGCCGUCGUGCCAGGGGAGAAGGCGGGAGAGGACGAUGCGAGUGUGCCGGAUGCUGAUGCCAAGCGACUCAAGUCGUGA